AUGCCGACUUUAGAAGCUCCAGAAGAGAGGCUGAGAAAAUUUAAGUACCGAGGCAAAGAUGCAUCUAUGAGGCGGCAGCAGCGGAUAGCAGUCAGCCUGCAGCUCCGGAAGGCCAAGAAAGAUGAGCAGGUCUUAAAGAGAAGAAACAUCACCAGUUUCUCCACUGACCCAGCUUCUAAAGAAGGGACCAACCAGGUCAACCUCCCCCUGCAAGAUAUAAUCAACGGUGUGAAUGCCUCAGAUCCAGUCCUAUGUUUACAGGCCACCCAGGCAGCCAGGAAAAUACUGUCCCGGGAAAGGAACCCUCCACUAAAAUUGAUUGUCGAAGCAGGGCUCAUUCCCCGGCUGGUGGAGUUCCUGAGGUCCUCACGCCACCCCGGCUUGCAGUUUGAGGCAGCCUGGGCUCUGACCAACAUCGCUUCAGGGACUUCGGAGCAGACCCGCGCAGUCGUGGAAGGGGGCGCCAUCCAGCCCUUGGUUGAACUCCUGUCUUCCCCCCACGUGACUGUGUGUGAGCAGGCCGUGUGGGCCCUUGGUAAUAUAGCAGGUGACGGCCCAGAAUUUAGAGACUUUGUUAUCUCAAGCAAUGCCAUCCCACACCUGCUGGCCCUGAUCUCAUCAAACAUACCAAUCACAUUUCUGCGGAACAUCACGUGGACCCUGUCCAACCUGUGCCGAAACAAGAACCCGUACCCCUGCAAAAAGGCCGUGAAGCAAAUGUUGCCCAUCCUCUUCCACCUGCUGCAGCACCAAGACAGCGAGGUGCUCUCUGACACCUGCUGGGCCCUGUCCUACCUCACUGAAGGCUGCAAUGAGCGCAUUGGCCAAGUGGUUGACGUGGGCGUGCUGCCCAGACUGGUCGAGCUCAUGACCAGCUCAGAACUGAACGUGUUGACGCCCUCUCUCCGCACCGUGGGGAACAUUGUCACGGGAACGGACCGCCAGACGCAGGCGGCCAUGGACGCGGGCGUCCUGCGCGCCCUGCCCCAGCUCCUGCUGCACCCCAGGCCCUCCGUCCAGAAGGAGGCGGCCUGGGCCCUGAGCAACGUGGCCGCAGGGCCCCCCCAGCACCUCCAGCAGAUCAUUGCUUGCAACAUCCUGCCUCCCCUGGUGGCUCUGCUGAAAAAUGCAGAUUUUAAAGUCCAGAAAGAGGCUGUCUGGACUGUGGCGAACUUCGCGACUGGGAGCACCGUGGGCCAGCUGAUCCAGCUCAUCCAUGCGGGAGUCUUGGAGCCGCUGGUGAACCUACUCACCAUCCCGGACACCAAGUUUGUUAUCAUCAUCCUUGACAUCAUCUCUUUUCUCCUCCAGGCGACAGAGAAGCUCUCCGAGAAGGAAUCCCUGUGUCUUCUGAUCGAGGAACUUGGUGGGCUUGAUAGAAUCAAGGCUUUGCAAUUUCACGACAACCAUCAGGUGGCCCUGGCCGCUCAGAGCAUCAUCGAGAACCACUUCUCUGAGGAAGAAGAAAAUGGCAUAAUAUCGCCAUCCCUGGACCAAGAUCCUGAAUUCUUAAAGCUCUUAACAUAA